GAGAGAGAGGCAGAGCGAGAGAGAGAGAGAAACUGCAAUGAUGAUCGACGCCAGCCUGCCACCACUCUGUAGCAGAGAGUGGCUGCAACAAAAGCACAGAAUAGCAUCCCAGCUUCUCUCCUCCGCUCCUUUCCCCUCACCGCAUCUCUCCUCCUCGGUGACGAGAACUCCACAGAGCACAGCAGAGCUGUGCGGUACUGGCAUCGCUAGUGCAGCCUCUGCCUGCCAUCAACAAGUUAGGGAUGAAGGACGUUAAGCAGUGAACGAGGAAUGCGUGAUCUUCAAUUAACCAAUUGAGCUGACAUCAUUGCAGAGGAAAAGCAAAGAGGCAGCUAAGGGACGGAGGAUCUGCUCAGCAGUGUUGCUUUGGAUGCAAAUCGUCAACUUCAAAAUCAAGGAUUCCUGGAAGGCGGCGGCAGCUUGUCUUUUCUUAAUCUGGGAAUUGAAUAGCAGGAGGGAAAAGCGGACUGACUAAAAACUGCAUCCCAGGACAUGGAAUUCCUGAAUUUGGUUCAACUGGGGGGGCUCAGCACUGCUUUAUUUCUCAAGAGCCUGAUUCCUUUUGUAUUUACUCAAAAGGCUUUUUUCCCUUUGGAUUUCUCUUCCAUCUGGCUGCUCAAAAAGUCUGCGGAAAAAGACAGUUGAAUGCAGCCUCCGAUGUACACAAAAGAAUGGGUUUCCAUUCAAGGUGGCCAUUGGUGGGACGAGCACCAGCGGCACUUUGUGUGAUCAGCAUGCUACUGUGCCUCCUUCCUGUGUCAUGCACAACCUGCCCCCAGAAAUGCCGAUGUGAAGACCUGCAGUUUUACUGCGACACGCAGGGGCUCCUGGCGCCCCCAGACGGCGUGGAUAAAGGGGCCCUUGGACUCUCGCUCCGACACAACACCAUCAGCGAUCUCAGCCCAGACCAGUUCUUCGGUUUCACUCAGCUCACCUGGCUCCACCUUGAUCACAACCAAAUAACCAACGUGCAUGAGGAUGCCUUCCAGGGGCUGUAUAAGCUCAAGGACCUUAACCUGAGCUCUAACCGCAUCACCAAGCUGCCAAACACAACCUUCAUCCACCUCAUCAACCUGCAGAUUUUGGAUCUCUCUUUCAACCAGCUGACAGCUUUGGAGCCUGAGCUCUUUCACGGGCUCCGGAAGCUGCAGAUCCUUCACCUGCGGUCAAACUCCCUGCGCACAACACCCGUUCGGGCCUUCUGGGAUUGCCGGAGCCUGGAAUACCUUGGCCUGAACAACAACCGGCUCCGUAGCCUGGCCCGGAACGGCUUUGCCGGGUUAAUUAAACUGCGGGAGCUCCAUUUGGAACACAAUCACUUGACCAAGAUUAACUUGGCACACUUUCCACGCCUGGUCGCCCUCCAAUUCCUUUAUCUACAGUGGAACAAGAUCAACAAUUUAACAUGUACCAUGGAAUGGAAAUGGACGACUCUGGAGAAACUGGAUCUAACUGGGAAUGAAAUACGAGUACUCACACCAGAGGUUUUUGAGACUCUGCCCAAUCUCAAGAUCUUGCUGCUGGAUAACAACAAACUGACCAGCCUUGAUCCUCAAACCAUGGAUAUGUGGAAGUCCCUAACCUCUGUCGGGCUUUCCAGCAACCUGUGGGAAUGUACCAAAAGGAUCUGCAAUUUAGCCACUUGGCUAAGUACCUUUAAGGGCCGAUGGGAGCAUUCUAUCCUCUGCUACAGUCCUGAGUACGCACAGGGUGAGGAAAUACUGGAUGCAGUUUACGGAUUCCAACUUUGCCAAAAUUUCUCGGCGCCGGUCGUACUGACCAGCACCACCACGGAGGCCAUGCUCCCAGAGCUCACGAGCUCCCUGUUCGGAAAUAUGCAGACCCCAACGCAGGACUUCGAUGCAGAGGAUUUUGGGAGCUUUACGAUUGUUACUACCACUACACCCACCACCCAACCGCCGAGCACUGCCCUGGCUACUACCCUGAUGGUGGAGGGGGCAGAUGUUACGGAGGACUUCUCCGCCAUGGACAAUACAGUGCUGACCCAGAGGGUCAUUAUUGGCACUAUGGCUCUGUUGUUUUCCUUCUUUCUCAUCAUUUUUGUAGUGUACAUAUCACGAAAAUGCUGCCCUCCCACUCUAAGGCGAAUCCGCCACUGCUCGGCCAUUCAGAACCGCCGACAGAUGAGGACCCAGCAGAGACAACCAAUGGCGGACCUGGCCACGCAGGUGCCCUAUAACGAGUACGAGCCCAAUCACGAGGAGGGCGCCCUCGUGAUCAUCAACGGCUACGGGCAGUGCAAAUGUCAGCAGCUGCCUUACAAAGAGUGUGAAGUAUAAACUUUAUUUAUUCCCGCAGUUAAUGGGUUUACCAUUUGUCCAUUUCAAAACAAACAGGGUUUGCUUCUGGACUUUCCCUUUUCGGUUUGUACGAACAAGCAUAUUUCUUUGGAAUUGUAAGCUUUGACAUCCAUGAAAGCUUGAUGACUGGGAUGAAUCUGAAAGAGGGGAAAUAUAGAGAAAUUCACAAGUUUAUUUUUGUAAAACAAAUGCCAGGGUCAUAUCUAGCUGGGGCAAUCAAUCUCAGCAGAGGAAAGCUGGAUGUGAGAUGUGUCACGGCAUCACCAUUGUGUGUACUAUGUAUUCUGCAGCAGAGACGACAAAAUCUAUAGCCAAACAGCCUGGAACCUUGUGCUCCAGACAACGGUUUAUGAAAUGACAUAUCUUCUGAUAAAUUGUGACAUUUUGUUCCAUGAGAAACUGUUACUUAUGCUGAACAGUGCAAAUUUAAAAGGAUUAAUAAAAACUGAUUUUUACAGUGCACGGUCAAGGCGACACUAUAUAGAUCUCACCUGCAUUUACAUUUGGGGAGAGGAAAUGAAUUCAAUUACAUAAAAAAACUCUUACCUUUUCUGAAUUGAGAACAAGUUGCGCUACAAAAUUAUGCCACGUAAUGAAAUCUAGAUUUGAACAGGGAAAUCAGACCACUCACAUUACUUGGCUUCCUCAUGUGGCAGAAACGAUGGUUUCACUUUGAUUGAGACCUAAAUUUGAACUAAUGAGAACACUUAACGGCCUUCCUGUUUCUGCAUUUGAUUAAACUGUCCACUUCCUUGAAAUCUUAAAGCCUAGCACUUUGUGUAAAAAGGUUAAUGUCCAAUAUGGCUCUGCACUGGUUGUGACUAAAUGUCUGGAAAAAGCUCUUCAGCAGGAAGUUAUUAAAUUAGAGGUUUGUUCAUUCAUCACUGCGCAUAUCUUCUUUUACAUGGCUUAAAACACUGACAUCCUCACUGUGAUAGAACGAUGCUGCUUAGACCACUGCAACAUGAAAUAAAUGAUCAUGCUACAUUACCAAAACACCAGCAAGAACAGACAUUUCUAUGGAAGAGAAACAAAGAACAAAACAUAGCAUGUAAAAAGGGAUACGGGCAAUUUUCUCCUAAAAAUAAAUGCAAAUGCGCCGCAUCGCACAGCUUGAACGCAGCAAAGAUCGUAAUCACACCUGACAGCUUCAACAUUGAGUCAAUUAAGCCUGGGGAUAGCGAAUCUAAUAUUCCAUCACCCAAACCUCUGCCCCAGCAAGACUCAGCCUUCCCGGUCAGUACAGAUCUAGAACUAGAAAACUUGCUUCAUGGAAACAAGACAGUUCUAUUACUUCAUAGCCAUGGUCCAGUUGGUCCACCACAUCAAAAAUGCCUUUUUGUCCGUAUGCGAAAGAGAGAGGGUGAGAAUAAGAGCAAGGACAAGAAAGGGACGUCUAAACAGAGAGAAAGGCUGAACCGUAAUGCAUAUCUCAGGAGAGCAUGCAGAAGAAGGCUGGGUCAGGAGGCAUUUGUAUGCAGCGCUAAGAACGACAUUAGCAUCAGACUAAAGAAGCCGCUGCUGCAGUAGCUCUCUGUGUUGAAAUCAGGAGUUGAGGGGAGUGAUGCGCGGGGAGGGGGAAUUCGGGGUGCGCAAACACCAGUCAACAUCUAAAUGAAGCGAACAUGUGGCGUGUCUGAAAUGGGGGCUAAAAAUCAUAAGAGGAAAAUGGAACUGCAUGACUCCACAGUGACUGACAACACCACAGGCGAGUUCUCGAAGCUCGGAACACCAUCUCUGGCGAGGCGCAAUAGGGCAUUUUGCCUCGAUGCAGAAAAUUAUUAUUCAUUGAGCUAUAGCUUAAAGGAAAACAGCUAAAAAUAAGUAACGCAUCAUAAAGUCACAUCCUGGCAGAGGUUUUUGGUGGUACGCUCAAAUUUAGUAGAGAUGCUGGCAACCAUAUUAAAGCUUAUUUUGUGCACCUUAUGAAAGUGUUUGACAAACAUGGCAGAGGACAUGAGCAACUGUCCAACAGAAAUUAGGCACGCCUGAGGAGAUGGGUUAAGUGCAUUAUGUCCUCUAGAGGGUGCUGAAAAAACUGAGUUGAGCUCAAAUUUAGAAACAUACACCCUCACAUGUUAGCACAUUUGUAUUGUUUGAAACCAUGCAAACGACUUAAUUUCUUGUUGGUCCAGGCAAACACUAAAAAAGAAAUGUAGCUAAUCAUGUCUGUGCAUCUGGUGGUGUAUCUGGUAAUUAUUACAGCACUUGGAAAAUGAAUGGAUUCAAUUUUAGAACAGAAGAAUCAACAUUUACCGAGCCAAGAACAUCCAGCGGGUUCUGUCUUGGAUUUAGAGUCAACAUUUACUUUCUGCAUUCCUUCAAUUCUCCUUGCAUGUUUUUUUUAAACGAUUCAAUUUACACACGACCCAAAAAAGAAAAAAAAACGGAAAGCCUUAUAUCCUGACCUGAUCAUUCAGAUGUGGUGGGGAAAGCUACUUUCUAACGAUAUAAUGGCAAAUGUUGUCAUCUCACCAUUUAAUCAGCUUAUAAUGUGACCGCAAAACCACUACUUUGUAGAGAUCCGUUUGCACUCCUGUAAACUGUUUUUUAAACUCUAAUUUCGCCACACGCUGACAUCCUGCUGCUCACACUGGCUAAAACCAUGAACCCCUUUGAAACCACCAUCCAAAACUUCUUUGUGCAGAAAUGAAUGCUUCUCACCCACCUCUCCCCAAAUCCUGCUUUUUCCUUUUGUAUUGUAAUAUGUACUAUUUCAUAUCUGUAUAGUGGGUAAAGAUGUGGCCAACUGAAAAGAUUUUUUUUCCUUAAAACGUAUAUUUUUAAAUAAAAAU